GGCGGCGAGCUCAGAGCCGCCUGACCCCUCCGAGAGGGACAGUCGCGCCGGGUUACAGGUGCUCGUUCUGGGGCAGCCUGCGACCCUCCUCCGGAGGAGGAGGAGGAGAAGGAAGGGGCCGGGCCGGCUUCCCGGCCCUCGCGCCCCGGAUGGAUGUGCCCGGCCCGGUGUCCCAUCGGGCGGCGGCGGCGGCCACCAUGCUCCUGCGCACCGCGCGCGUCCCUCGCGAGUGCUGGUUCUUGCCCACCGCGCUGCUCUGCGCCUAUGGUUUCUUCGCCAGCCUGCGGCCGUCCGAGCCCUUCCUGACCCCGUACCUGCUAGGACCAGACAAGAACCUGACCCAGCGCGAGGUCUUCAAUGAAAUUUACCCAGUGUGGACUUACUCCUACCUGGUGCUGCUGUUCCCCGUGUUCCUCGCCACAGACUACCUCCGUUACAAGCCUGUUGUGCUGCUGCAGGGCCUCAGCCUUAUCGUCACAUGGUUCAUGCUGCUCUAUGCCCAGGGACUGCUGGCCAUUCAGUUCCUGGAGUUCUUCUAUGGCAUUGCCACAGCUACUGAAAUUGCCUACUACUCUUAUAUCUACAGUGUGGUCGACCUGGGCAUGUACCAGAAAGUCACAAGUUACUGUCGAAGUGCCACCUUGGUGGGCUUCACAGUGGGUUCUGUCCUUGGGCAGAUCCUUUUCUCCAUGGCAGGCUGGUCGCUCUUCAGCCUGAAUGUCAUCUCUCUCACCUGUGUUUCCGUGGCAUUUGCCGUGGCCUGGUUUCUUCCUAUGCCACAGAAGAGCCUUUUCUUUCACAUCCCAUCUUCCUGUCAGGCAGUUCGUGGCAUCAAGGUACAAAAUGGUGGCCUUAUGACUGACACCCAAGCUUCUAACCACCUUCCUGGGUGGGAGGACAUUGAGUCAAAAAUCCCUCUAAAUUUGGAGGAGUCACCCACAGAAGAACCAGAAGCCAAGCCAGAUCGUCUGCUUGUGUUGAAGGUUCUGUGGAAUGACUUUCUGAUGUGCUACUCCUCUCGCCCUCUGCUCUGCUGGUCUGUGUGGUGGGCCCUGUCCACCUGUGGCUAUUUCCAAGUCGUGAACUACACACAGGGUCUGUGGGAGAAAGUAGUGUCUUCUCGCCAUGCUGCUGUCUAUAAUGGCGGAGUUGAGGCUGUUUCCACCUUACUGGGUGCUGUUGCUGUGUUUGCCGUUGGUUAUAUAAAAAUAUCCUGGUCAACUUGGGGAGAAAUGGCAUUAUCUCUCUUCUCGCUCCUCAUUGCUGCAGCAGUGUACAUCAUGGACUCUGUGGGUAACAUCUGGCUGUGCUACGCGUCCUAUGUCGUCUUCAGAAUUAUCUACAUGCUACUCAUCACAAUCGCAACAUUUCAGAUUGCGGCAAACCUCAGCAUGGAACGCUAUGCUCUAGUCUUUGGGGUGAAUACCUUCAUUGCUCUGGCACUGCAGACUCUGCUAACUCUAAUUGUGGUAGAUGCCAGCGGCCUUGGCUUGGAGAUCACUACUCAGUUCCUGAUUUAUGCCGGUUAUUUUGCUUUCAUUGCUGUGGUUUUCCUGGUGAGUGGUACAGUCAGUAUUAUGAAGAAAUAUAAAAAGCAGGAAGAUCCAAGUUCUCAAGCAGCCACUUCAUAACACACUGCUGGAGGAACUCUGCACAUGUAUUGCCUGGAUGUAUUUAAUUUUUUAAUAUUUAGAUAGGUAUUUAUGAAUGUGUAUUUCAAUGGCUUCAAAGCAGCCACUCAACUAAUACUGUGUAUUCCUGGAAUAAUGAUGAUACUGUUCAGAGGAGCCAGAAGGUCAAGUUUAUUUCAUGUGUUAUUUAUGAGGCCUAAUUUAUGGGAGACUUGUUUUCUGAUUCAAAAGUGAACUUAAAUUUGAAAAUCACGAGCAAUCAAGAAUACAUGGUAUUGUAUACUUGAUUAGCAAUGAAUUUGAUGUUCUAUAGGUCAUGUACAUUUGGAUCUGCUCCGCCAGUUGCUCAGUCUGGUGGGACCAGUGCUCCGCCAAGGCCAUAAGAUAUUAUAAGUUAUGACGGAAAUACGCUCUGUCAACAAUUGCCUCUGUUCAACUUAGAAGUAUUUCUGCAUUACUUAUGUGCAUUUGUAUUGCUACAGAUGAAAGAUCACCGGCAAUAUUUGCUCUGUUUGAAUGUUUAUCCUAUAGAGAAUAUAUGUUGUUUCCAAUUUUAUUUUUAAAAAUUCAUUGUGUAAAUAUUCUUGCUUUCCAUAGAAAUCAUUAUGUAUUUGUGUAGAUUUUCUUUUCAGAUUUAUUUAUUUAUUUGAAAUGUAGAGUUUAGAAUGAGAGGGAGAAACAGAAAAUGAGGUCUUCCAUCUACUGGUUCAUUUCCCCAAAGACCAUUAACAGCCAGGGCUGGGCUAAGCUGAAACCAGGAUCCUAGAGCUUCAUCUGGGACUACCAUUUGGGUGCUGGGACCAAAGCACUUGGGCCAUCUUCUGCUGCUCUCCCAGGUGCAUUCGUCGGGUACUGGAUUGGAAAUGGAACAUCCAGGAUUCAAACUGACACUCAUGGGAUGCUGGUGUCCCAGGUGGUGGGACUUGCUGCGCCACAAUGCUGCACCCAUGUUGAUUUUCCUUAGAAGUACACUUUUGCAUUGUUCAUAUGCUUCCCAGAGGAGCUCAUUUAGUUUGAAACAAAGGGCAAGUUUUAAAGCCUGCUAAUGAUGCAAAUCAUUAAACUUAAGUAGGUUUACUUUUAUUUGAAUCUUCAAUAUGAAGGAGUAUUAAUUCCAUGAUGAAAAGUUCAUUCAUGGGCAAAAUAACUUGACCAUUUUGUAUCUGCAUUCCUUUUAUUUUGAAAAAUAAAAAAGAAGAUAUCAUUAAUAAAUCUAUUUCCAUUUAUAACUUUUAUAUUAUUUUGUGUUUCUUACCCAAGAUAAAGAUGUCAAUGGGAGCUGAUUUAUGCUAAGGUCUUUUUCAUAAACUGAGACUUUAUUUCAACAGAACAGGAACUAGGGUAGAUUUGAUUCCUGCAUUUUGUACCUUAAGAUUGCCUUUACUCUAGGGAUAGAAUAUUUGGAUAAAAUGGAAACUGCUUGAUUCCAUUUCUGAGUCACUUGAAAACCAUGUUCUUUGUGCAUGUGAUUCUGAAGCAGUCUACCGAGGGGCUGCUACCAUAAAUGAGACAUGAAAACUAUUUUCAAGACAACUUUGCUGCCUUAUCUUGAAAAGAAUUCAGGUAGGUGCUUUUAACUUUCUUGAGAACGACAGAGCUAACAGUAUUAAUGACGGUGUUGAGACAGUAAAAUUGACCUAUUCAUUUGAUUUAAGCAGGAAUCCUAGAAGCAAAUAGUCCAGGAUAAAAAUAGGUCAUUUUUCCAUUCAUUUUCCUUUACAGUUAAGGAGUACUACCCAAGAAAGUAAAGGGAAAUGAUGUCUUAAAGAGUAGCAACCCGCAUUUUAUAUUUUGCCUUUUCAAUAAGCUUCGUUUUACUAUGUAGGGAAUUGUCUCAGA